UGUCUCGGAUCGGGAGGGGGGGGGUGUCAGCCGUCUUGGGGAGGGGGGAAAAGUGAGAAUCGGGGGCCAUGGAAAGGACUCUGCUGGGGGCCCUCGGCCUUCUCUUGGCUCUGGCGGGGGCCUCGCUGGAGGACCAGAAGGGCGAGGAGUGCUGGGCUUGGACAUACGGUCCGGCCUCGACGAUGUUCCCUUUCCAAUGCCCGAAGAGCCUGGACGGGGCGGACGCCCGCUUUUGCUGCGGCCCUUGCCGCUCGCCCUUCUGCUGCGCCUCGGAGGAGGCCCGCCUGGAUCAGAAGCAGUGCCUGCGCGCCCUGCGGCGGCUGGGUGCGCUCCCGAGCGCCCCGGUGGAAGGAACGCGCCUCCCCUCCGCUCGGCAGGCGCUGAAGAGGGUCAGGAAGGACCAGGGCCCGGGAGAGAACACCAGCCGCCCGCCUCCCCGAGAGCCGGCGACCCUCCCCAGCGGCCACGCCGCCCAAAGAGAGGAGGCCCGCCCUUACACCCUCAGGCCAAGGCCCACCCUGCCUCCGGGGAGGACUCAACCAGGGAUACAUGGAUUCAUCUGGGUUCUCCUUGGAAUAGCAGCUAUUUUAGCCGUUUUCUGUGCUAUCUGCAAAUUUUGUCCCAACCCCCAGGAAUGUUACACAUACCUACGGCACGGUCAGUUCACCCCUCCCACCCCUCCUCCGGUGCACUACAGCGUCCGACCUCCCAGCCCUGCUGCCGUGCACUUUGACAUUGGCCCUCCACCCUAUCAGAAAGAUGAUGAUCUGCCGCCUUACUAUCUUCGGAAUCCUUUCGACGCCUUGGCUCGCCCUACUGCACAGGACAGGGCUGCUUGCAUGGAGCUGGGUGUCAUAAACCUUGGCUUCCAAGAAGGGGGAGCAGCUACGGCAUCAUCCGUGGCCCGUGUGGAUUCCUCAGCUUCUGAUUCUACAGGAGAUUCUGCUGGCACAGGAGAAGUUGCUGCCAAGCAGGUGCCCUCCUGUGCAGGAGAGGUUGCCAGCCAGCUGGUGCCUUCUGGCGCAGGACAGGUGGUGCCUUCCGGCGCAGGACAGGUUGCUGCUCAGGUGGUGCCUUCCGGUGCAGGACAGGUUGCCGCCCGGGUGGUGCCUUCCGGUGCAGGACAGGUUGCCACCCAGGCGGUGCCUUCCGGUACAGGACAGGUUGCUGCCCAGGUGGUGCCUGCUGCCAAAGGAGCGGUCAUAUCAGCGCCGGAACCUACCAGGAAGAGAAAAGCUGGCCCAUUUGCAAUCUACUGGGAAAGCAAAGAGUCAGAACUGUAGCUGAAGAUUUCAUGACGCUUGGCUCCUCUGCCAAAGCAAAACCCUUCUCCGGGUGUAUUACUAAUUAGUUUGUUUUUAGAAUCAAGGGGGAUUAGAAAUGAACAAAGCCCAAUCGUGAUUAUGCUUUUAAUCUUUUUCUUAAAUUUUUUUUGUAGGACUGUCUUUGUUGAAUAUUUUUGCUCAAAAUGAUUCUUAAUCCUUUUU